AUGGUCAAGGAAACGAAGCUCUACGACACCCUUGGUGUUGCGCCAACGGCGACGGAGCAGGAGUUGAAGAAGGCGUACAAGACGAAUGCCUUGAAGUACCACCCUGACAAGAACGCCCACAAUCCCGAGGCCGAAGACAAGUUCAAGGAGGUCUCUCACGCCUACGAGAUCCUUUCCGAUUCCCAGAAGCGCCAGAUCUACGAUCAAUAUGGCGAGGCUGGUCUUGAGGGUGGUGCUGGUGGCGGCGGCGGCAUGGCUGCUGAGGAUCUGUUUGCCCAGUUCUUCGGCUCCGGCAGCUUUGGCGGUGGUCUCGGCGGCAUGUUCGGCGGCGGCGGUAUGCCCAACCGUGGCCCUCCCAAGGCUCGCACCAUUCACCACACCCACAAGGUUUCUCUCGAGGACGUCUACCGCGGAAAGAUCUCCAAGCUGGCUCUUCAGCGCUCUAUCAUCUGCCCCAAGUGCGAAGGUCGUGGCGGAAAGGAGGGCGCUGUCAAGCACUGUGCUGGCUGUGAUGGUCACGGUAUGAAGACUAUGAUGAGACAGAUGGGCCCUAUGAUUCAGCGCUUCCAGACCGUCUGCCCCGACUGCAACGGUGAGGGAGAGACGAUCAAGGAGAAGGACCGCUGCAAGCAGUGCAACGGCAAGAAGACUAUUGUUGACCGGAAGGUUCUUCACGUCCACGUCGACCGUGGUGUCAGGAGCGGCACCAAGGUUGAGUUCCGCGGUGAGGGUGACCAGGCUCCUGGCAUCCAGGCCGGUGACGUCGUGUUUGAGAUCGAGCAGAAGCCCCACCCCCGCUUUACUCGCAAGGAGGACGACCUUCUCUACCAUUGCGAGAUUGAGCUGGUGACUGCGCUUGCCGGUGGAACCAUCUACAUCGAGCACCUUGAUGAAAGGUGGCUCAGCAUCGAGAUCUUACCCGGUGAGGCGAUUGCGCCAGGUAUGCCGUCAAGAUGGUCCGCGGCCAGGGCAUGCCUUCUCCCAGACACCACGAGUUCGGCAACUUGUACAUCCAGUUCAGCGUCAAGUUCCCUGAAAAGAACUGGACACAGGAUCCGGCCGCCUUCGAGGCUCUCCAGAAGCUGCUUCCUGCCCCGUCCCUGCAGACCGUGCCUCCCCCUGAGGCUAUGA